AUGGUCCAUUCUUCAUGGUUUUCAAGCCCGUUUGUAGGAAAACGAAGGACAAAUUUGAACAAUGUGUUCGAUAAUCGCAACCGGAUGCUACCUGUGCCUUUUGAGAGCAACAACAAUCAAGUGAAAUCAGCAAAUAUCAUCAGGAUUCCAAUGGCUCCAGGUGGAGGUGUUUGCAAAGAUGUUAUUGAAUCUCACCCUAAAACUUUAAAGUAUGACGUGGCAACAACAAAGAUGGAUAAAAACAUUACAAGGGUAGCUACUGGAAAACAUGGAAUACAAUCAACAAAUGGUGUUCAUGAGCUUCUUGAAUGCCCUGUUUGCACUACCUUAAUGUAUCCUCCAAUUCAUCAGUGUCCAAAUGGGCAUACUUUAUGCUCAAACUGUAAAGUUCGAGUGCACAAUUGUUGUCCAACAUGUCGAGUUGAAAUGGGGAACAUACGAUGUUUAGCAUUGGAAAAAGUAGCAGAAUCUUUAGAACUCCCAUGUAGACACCAAAAUCUUGGAUGCCAUGACAUCUUCCCUUACUAUAGCAAGCUAAAACACGAGCAGAAUUGCCGAUUUCGCCCCUACAAUUGCCCUUAUGCUGGAUCCGAAUGCUCAAUCACGGGUGAUAUCCCGUAUCUUGUCACACAUCUCAAGGAUGAUCAUAAUGUGGACAUGCAUGAUGGAUGCACUUUCAAUCAUCGAUAUGUCAAAUCUAAUCCACAUGAAGUUGAAAACGCAACAUGGAUGUUAACAGUGUUCAAUUGCUAUGGACGACAAUUUUGUUUGCACUUUGAGGCAUUCCAGCUAGGAAUGGCUCCGGUGUACAUAUCAUUUUUAAGGUUCAUGGGGGAGGAUAGUGAAGCAAAGAAGUUUAGCUACUCAUUAGAAGUUGGAGGGUAUGGACGUAAAUUCACAUGGCAAGGGGUUCCAAGGAGCAUACGCGAUAGUCACAGGAAAGUGCGCGAUAGUCAAGAUGGAUUAGUGAUUCCAAGGAACUUGGCAUUGUUUUUCUCGGGUGGAGAGAGGCAAGAACUCAAACUAAGAGUUAGUGGAAGGAUUUGGAAAGAACAGUGAGAAGAAACUCAAAAUGUGUAUAUUACUUUUGGUGGCUAGAUUGGUUUAUUAUGAGAAAACAAACCCUAAUGGGGAUUGGAUUGGGAAUCUUGUGAUCUUUUGUUUUAGUAUUAUUAAUAUGGAACUGUGAAAUGUUGGAAUGAUAUGGUUUAUGUAUGAACCAAAUGAUCAUGUAAUCUUAUAAUUUGUUGCGGGAUUUGAAUGCUUAUUUGCAUUUUGCACUGUGGUGAAGUCAGAAAGAGG